UCCCGCACCAUGGCUUCCUUACUGCUCAGGACCCUCCUCCCACUGCUAGCCUCCAUCCAGGGCUGUUUGGUCCUUAGCUCCAAGAUUGUGGGUGGCAGACCUGCCAUCCCCCACUCUCGGCCCUACAUGAUCUCCCUACAGCUUCUAGGGUCCCACAUCUGUGGGGGAACCUUGAUCCACCCUCAGUUUGUGAUGACAGCAGCCCACUGUGUCAACAAAAUGAACCUCCAACUGAUGAUGGCAGUAGCGGGAGUCCAUGACCUGAAAAACCCUGAGCCCUCCUGGCAGACGUUUAGCAUCCAGCGUAUCUAUUUAAAUGACUAUAACGAAAAGUACAUACUCAAUGACAUCGCACUCAUUCAGCUGGACCGUCCGGCCACUCUGAAUGCCAAUGUCCAGGUGGCUCCACUCCCAACACAGGGCCAGCCACUGCUGAUGGGGACCCGGUGCCUGGCCAUGGGCUGGGGGCGAUUGGGAACACAGUUGCCCAUCCCCAACAUCCUGCAGGAACUGAACGUCACCGUGGUGACCUUCGAAUGCCGGAGGCAUAAUAUCUGUACGCUGGCACCCCGUCAGCGAGCAGGCAUCUGUUUCGGGGAUUCUGGGGGUCCCCUCAUCUGCCAGGGAGUGGUCCACGCUGUGGACUCCUUCAUCAAAGGUGGGUGCGCCUCUCAGCGAUUUCCAGACUUCUUCGCCCGAGUAGCCCUUUAUGUGGACUGGAUCAAGUCUAUCCUGCAAAGUGUGGAGGAGGAGGAGGAGGAAGAAUGGCAAGCUUCAGGCAGCCCCGUGGGCAAAGCCUUCCCCUGGGAGCCUCCCCGCCAUCAGCUCCUGGGUGCCACACCCCCCAGCCCCAGCCACCGUUUGCUCUUGCAUCAGACAGGGACCGUUGGAACUGGAACAUCUUUGGAGGAGUUUGAUGCCAGCUCCUGGGGGGGCCCUAGGGCUACUGGGGCCAUGAGCUCCCCGGCAGAGGCCAUCAGAGGGAUUUAG